AUGGAAGGACACGACGGCGACGACAUGAACGGCACCGGCUACAACGGCGACCAUGGCAUCGACGGCGCCGGCCACGGCAACGACGCGCGCACCAGGGAUUUCCUGGCGCCCGGUAAUCCCUGGGGCCAUGCCGGCGGUAGCGGCCUCUUCCCCGACGCGGCGCAAACCUUCUCAGGUUCAAGCAGAUUCAACCAGUCCCGGCUGGGGUUGGAGUCGCUGGAUCUCAACGCCAGCGAGGACUGGCCGCAGAUGCAGGCCUACGUGGGCUACAUUCGGGGGGACAACGAGGUCCCCCCCAUGGCUCCCACCCCCAUCCGCGUGACUUCCCGCAACAGUGCACGCAACCUCGGGUCGAACACUGCCAUCGCCGGCGGAGGAACAUCCGUUGGAGGCGGCAUGGGUGGAACAUCCGUUGGAGGCGGCUUCGUCCCUCCUCUGUCUCCUCCAUGGGGAGGCGCAGGUGGCCGUCGCAGGGGCCGCAGUGCGCGUGUACGCGGGCCGGGGCCAGCCAUUCUUGAUGACAACUUCAAUCAGGACGACAACACUCACGCCCCGCGAGUCCCGGCUAUGAAACACAAGGCCAACUGGACUAUACCGAACACUAAGAAGUUCUGUGACAUAUGGUGCCAUGAAAUUGCCAUUGGCAAUUGUACCAAGGGAGUCAUGAGCAAGACUGGGUGGAGGGACCUCAUAAGGAGGUACCAAGCAGCAACAGGUUUGGUCCAUGACAGGGAGCAGAUUGCUGGCCGUAGCGACGAUGGAACUGUUGAGGCCACUGAUGCAUGGUGGAAAGCAAAUACCAACGGGCAAUCUGAUUUGAUGAAGUUCAGGAAAGGUUUGCCUGAGUACUUAGAUCAAAUGGACAAAAUGUUUACUGGAAACACAGUAGAUGGCUCCACAUCUUUUGUUGCUGGUGAAAGUGGUACUAUUGAUUUGGAUGGUGGAAGCUCGGAUGAAGAGGCAGUAGAUGAAAUGGAAGACCAACUGACCCCACUGAGCAUUGGCAACAAGAGGGCCAGCAGCACAAGCACCACUGCAUCCAGCCCACGCAAGAGGUCCAAGAGCCCAGCACUGAGGGCAAUGGACAACAACAUGAGGACACACAAUGAAAUUGCCAACCGUAGGCUCUGCCUGAUGGAGAGCAUGUUUGAGCACAGGAAGCAAGAGGACCACAAUUCACGGUCGGCCCUUAGCGAGAAGAUAGACAGGGUCACCCAGAUAGCAAGGGAGAUGGGUAUAAGUGCACAGACUCCAACAUUGUUCAGGGGCCUGUACAAGAUCAUCCACAAUGAAAGUGAUAUGGACUUCUUCCUUGCCAACGGCCCUGAAGAAAGGAUGAUCAUCAUCGAGCAAGCUGCGCCGGUCGACCCAUAG